AUGACACAUGAACCAUGGAUGGCAGGUUCCGUGCGUACUGUGAGUUCGGCCCAAUCGGAUACAGCGGCCACAGCACGCCAUCCUGACAUGGCAAGUCCCGCUACCUCCGCUUCAAGUAUUCUCACUGAGGUGAGAACUCAAGGCAAGCCAGUGAUGGGGCUAAGACAGCACAAUCAAACACGAAAACCGCGCAUCCUCUCGCAGGCUCAACUCUCUCAGUCCUCUGGUGGCGUUGGUAGCGGUGACAACCGACUCCGAAGGAACAGCACUCAGAGCCCCCAACUUUCGCAACCGAAUUCGGAGUUCUCACUAAGCUUUGACGCUGUGGAACAGACAGAGAGACUGUUAAAAGCUUCUUCCACCUGCGAUGACCGUGUGAGCCAGCGGCCAGAUCCGAGUCCGUGCACAAGUGCGUUGGGCGCCUCUGUCAAGGGUGGGUGCAUUCACGUGGUGAUGGCAGCAGUGGCGUUGGUGGAAGCGCAGCAGCCACAUUCGUCGGCAUUGUCAGGAAGCACUUCCUCAGUCCCGCAAAGCUGCCGCAGCGGGGACAACAACAGUGCCAGUGAAACGGCUGCAGCAACCACUGGGGGAACAGGAGGGGAUGAGACUGAGCCUCAAUGGGUGCGCUACUGCGUAAACUGUUGCUUAGGAGCCACUGGCACAGGUGGGGGUGGAGUUGGAGGUGGAGGACUUUCUCCCUCUGUAGGGGUAGCCCAGAUGCUCUUAAACGGUAUCGCAGGCGUAGCGCCUUACCCGAGGCUCGUGGAUGUUGCACGGUGCGCUCUUCUAGCCUGUGAGCAGCGUGAUGCACUCUGCGCUCGACAGGAUGCUGAGCUUACUGUCCUUGAGGCCUCCUUGGCUGAAGCGAAGGCUGCUGGUGAUCAGCUUUACUGUCGACUAGGACAAAUAGAGGCCUCUUGGGGUGCUGCUAACCGAGCUGCUGAACUAGCUGACAUGGCUCUUGAGACGAGUGGUGUACUUGUGCACCUGUACUCCUCGGAAUUGGCUCUGUUGCUACAUAAACAACCACACGGUGAAGGGCGAUCAAAAUCUGGAAAAUCCCAUCGCGAGCGGUCAUUUGGAUGCCAUUCACUGUCCGGAUCCGCCUUCACCAGUAGUUCCACGUCAACUUCCUCCUCAUCAUCAUCCUGUUCAUCUUCCGAAGAGGAAGAACCUCAACGAUCCUGCAAAGCUCCAAGUGUCUCUGUGGCACCGGUUACUUACCACCAUGUUGUCUCGGGGCUAAACGGCACCUGUAGGCAGAUCCAACCACCCGCUGCCACUAGUGACAACGGAGGCAACGUCUAUGCUCUCUAUGCAGUUAAUGGGAAAUCCUCUGACGAGGCUUCUCACUUUUCUGUGCCAACCUGGAUACCACCUCAUGCUAUGUGCAAUGGACCUGCAUGUCUGCGACUCCUCAAAAUGCAGAGGCACCAAACCGAGAUGGCAGCUCUGCAUCUGCUUGGUCGAUUGGCAUCCACACUGGAGCCCUUCCUAAAGCCUGAAAGUCUCAUUCCCACAGUCGCAGAAGACUUUGAUCACAGCACCACUAAUGGCAAUCGUAGCACUGCUACGGGAACAGAAAGCGGACUUGGUGCUGAGUCUGGAGGCAGUAGCUCAGGUAUGGGAGUUCAUGGAGUGUACGCGAACGCUUGGUGCAUAGCUGCCAGACCUGUUGCCCCCGCACGCCAUCCAAUCAAGUCUGCUGGUGGGGGCGACGGAGGCUGGCAGACACCCGACUCAGGUGCAGACAGUUUCAGCACCAAUGAUCACGCCGUCAGCACUGCAGCUGCCAACGUUGCUGCAGGUCUUGUAGUUGUAUCUGGUGUUCCAAACACACACACCUGCGCCUCUCAUUCCUCUAACUCUUCUUCCUCUUCUGCCGCUGCCGGUGCUGUAGUCGUCAAUCCAGUUGUAGGAGCAGGGAUUCCUGAAGCUCCUGCCAUGCUCCAUGACGUUGGUGGAUGGACUCGCAUGAAGGAGAUGAAGCUGCGCCAUAUUUUGGAUCAGAUUAUUUGGGAACGAAUGUUAGUGAGGAGCACCAUCGCUGUUGGCGUCGACUUUGAAGCUGGUUGUUCAGGUGUUCCACGAAAUGGGGAAUUCCACUACAUGAAACCCUAUAAUGGAAGUGAAUUACCUGGUUACAGUGAAGGCGGACCCAUGAGUAUGACAGCACAGGAAUCGAGAGGUCCUCCGAUUUCAAACCGACUCAACGCCCUCUUCAUGGUGGACACGGCAGCCUUGUUGCAGGACUUAUGCGCUGUGAAGGAGGACAGAGCGAAAUUGAAGGUGCAUAAUUACAUAAUGGAGAAGGAAUUACGGGCAAUUCAAUUGAGCCAUCAGCGUCACUGCCUUUCGGAGUCCACUCUACGCUCACAAUUGAAUGCCCUGCAAAUAGAUCGCAAUCUCCAGAUGCUCAAGACAUCAGAUCGCACUGGCGCCCAGAAUCCUCUCACACAACAAAUAGAGAGUCUGCAGUCAGCAUUCGAAUCCCUUCGCAAAGGUGCCGAGCACCACCAAUCCCAGAGUGAGGAGCUUGUCAACGAUUUGAAGCAAGCAAAUGCAGCUCUUAUUACAGCCUUUGAGAAGGCCAAAUCCAAAUACCUCGCGCGCAUUCGAAAACUAGAGAGUCAAAUUGCGGCACCUUCAUCUACACCAAUGGUGUCUCGAAAUGCCUCGUCUGCUAUCUUCACGUCUACUAAGCACGGCAUCACCACACGGCCUCCUAUGGUUCCAGCUCACAAGACGGCCAAUCCGGAACCACCCUUACCUCCUCUAUCACCUCCACCAUCGUCCGACGUCUAUGAGGUCAUCCAAGACUCGCAUGUUGCCCCCGCAACCGCUUGGAAGAACCCCAGCCAGCCUCUCCUCAGUACAACAGCCUCUGGCGAUGCUACUUCGCCGAACAGUGGCUAUUCCAUGGUGCGAAGUGCGCCCUUCUAUCCAAAACAGCCAGUGUCAAUGAUGAACAGAACGCCUUCAAGGCCCAGAUGA